UCCACAUAGAAUCAGUGUGGUGCACAGACCAGGCGGCUGUCUCCUCAGAAAGUGGGAAGUUUUCGCCGUUCUGUCCAAAAAUUAAUCACCUUCAUGUCGACUCUGUUGGAUACUAACCCGCCGAUGCUAUGGUUACCUUUAUUACGAUCUUACAGGUGAAUCUAGUGAUGUCCAUCCUGCUGUAUGUGAUGGUCCUCGUGUACCUCUAUGGUAUCCAGGCAACCAACAUGGAUAGCAGUCACCAGGGGCAACAACAACAGCAGCAGCAGCAGCAGCAGCCAAGUCCUGACACGUUAAACUCUCUUAUCAUCCAGCUGCUUCAGGCUGACCUGAUGAGGGGGAAGACCAGGGGUAACCAGAGCCAACAGGGUAAAAGCAGGGACAUGGAGCCCCAAGAUACACUGCCUCCUCUUCUCAAUAACAACUUUCCCUUAGAGGACCAGGGUGAUGUCGAGCCGUGGGGAACGGGGGGUCACGGUGGCGGGAGCAGUGACGGGAUGGUGGACCAGCAGGUGAUUAUGUUGAACUCAGACUUACUCAGGCAGCAUAAGCGGUACAACUCACCCCGGGUGCUGCUGAGCGACCGACCACCACUGCAGCCUCCACCGCUGUACCCCGCGGAUGACUUCGUGAGCAGCGGUCCAGAAGGCGGACCGGUGGGAAACAAGACACGAAAGAAGCGCUAUGCUGAGCACAGAAGCUACCGUGGGGAAUAUUCUGUGUGUGACAGUGAGAGCCAAUGGGUGACUGAUAAAACCCAAGCAGUGGACACUGGAGGGAACGCGGUUACCGUCCUGGCUAAAAUUGAUACCACUUCCACGCGGGAGAUUAAGCAGUUCUUUUAUGAGACACGCUGUCGGACCCCGAGGCCCUUUAAGGGUGGCUGCAGGGGCAUUGAUGACAAGAACUGGAACUCACAGUGCAAGACCACGCAGACGUUUGUGCGAGCACUGACGCAGGUUCACAAUUUAGUGCGUUGGAGGUGGAUACGCAUAGACACUUCCUGCGUCUGUGCUUUGUCAAGAAAACGUCACAGGACGUAAACAGGACGAGACAAACUCCGCUGGGAACUACCUGCAUGGAAUUUACUUCCAAAAAAAAGAUUUUGGCUCCUCUUCCUCAUGCUCACCACCACAAGGUUACGUGUCAUGGCGGUUUAGAGUAAGAUUCUGCUAUAAAAAUGAUUCUUCUACAGGAGAAACCUUGGGUCCAUUGAAAUGACAUUUCACUUUAAUGUGCUGCAUAUCCACAAACCAGUGCAGCUUUGCUGUUACGGGAGAACUCGUUUGAGACGGGCAUGGAGGGAGGGCGCGAGCGUGAUGGAGGACAUAUAAAUUAUUUAAAUUAUAUGAAAUGCAUGUAUUUUAUACAUGUUAAUCUAUAUAUAUAUGAUGUAUGAAAAUAUUUGUGUUAUUUAUUGAAAGACGUCUUCUCAAAAGGCAAAAAAAUCUCUAAAAAAAAAAAUAAUGAAACAAGCUAUGAACUCAUUUUGAGAUUGUUUUAUGGAGCUGGGCUGCAAAGGUGCUUCACAGUGAGACUUUACAUGUGCCUUGACCAGUGUGGAGGCAGAGCGUAUAGGACACUGUAACUUACAGACAACAGUUGCAGGGGCCUGUUCUGUCAAUGCACUUGAAAUUCUUCGCAUUACCACUCUGAGAGUCAGAUAUUUAUGGUAAAGUCUUAAAUUACAAGGAUUUCUGUGACUGAGAUUUGUGACCAAAUGUAAACAUGUACACUGCAUUCACAACUGACCAUACUGUUAUGCUGUAAUACACAUUAUAUUUAUUCAUUCCACUCGUGGACAGUGUGAAAAGAAAAGAAAAAAAAAAAGAAAAAACCAGAGGUUGCUCUUGUUACAUCUGCUGGCAGUGGCAGAGAUUCAAGAAAUUCCAUUUGUUUGUUUUCCUCAGGCCACCUUGAUGCUAUUCACCACAUUUUAAUUGUGAGUUGUUUUUGUGUCUUCCUAUUAAUAAAAACCUAUAUUUCUUAAAGUUGGAAACAUUUCAUUAUCAAUCUUUCAGUUGCUGAAAGACAGAAAAGAAGAUAAUGGCCGGUCACGUAGUUGUGCAGCAGCAACCAUUGCUGAAGCCACCACACUCUGCUAAAUCUUGUGUUGGAAAAGAGAGAUGGGUCCAUUUAUCUGCUUUGCUGCUGGGUAAAAACAUGUUUCCUUUCAGAUUGUUAGCCUGUGCUUUUUACAUGUUCACUUGAGAGUCUGACUAAACUAAAAUAUAACCCCUUUUCACAUAAUUGCAGCUUCUGGUGAUAUUCUGUAUAUUUCCUACUCAUUGAAUUCCAUUAAAAGCCAACAAUGAUGUGAUUCCAGUCACAAGUACCGAUGUAUAGCCAACAUGACUUAUCUUAUUCUCUGUGCCAUAGGCUCUGGUUGGUCUAAAAGCUAUUAAAACACACUGGCAAGCCACAGUAAUGCCCUGGCCAAUGUAUUUCUUGUUCAUUAUACGUUUCACUAAAUGCCACAAUAUCGCAUCUAUUAAAACAUCUACCAAAUCCA